GCGGUUGCUGUCACUCUGGCACGGACCGCACACCGCUCACACGGCUGUCCACCAGCUCACCCGCACACACAGGCACUGAGAGAGAGAGAGCGGGGGGGUUAACGAGAGAGGGAGAGUGAGAGAAAGAGAAACGGAGGAGAGUGGGGGGAGAGAAGGAGAGAGGGAGAAGAGAAGAGGAGUAUUUUUCUAAUUUCUCCUGAGGAACUGCAGAUAACCUUUUUUCGUGAGGAAGGAUGGCAGAAGGUGGAGAGGGAGAGGAGGAGAUUCAGUUCUUGCGGACGGACGACCAGGUGGUGCUGCAGUGCACUGCGACCGUGCUGAAGGAGCAGAUUAAGCUGUGCCUGUCCUGCGAGGGCUUCGGAAACCGCCUCUGCUUCCUGGAAACCACAUCCAGCCAGAAUGUUCCGCCCGACCUGGCGAUCUGCUCCUUCAUCCUGGAGCAGUCCCUGUCCGUCAGAGCCCUACAGGAGAUGCUGGCCAACACCGUGGAGAUGACGGAUGCAGUCGAUUUGGACAGAUGGUCCUCUCAGGGAGGGGGGCACCGGACGCUACUGUACGGCCACGCCAUUCUGCUGCGGCACACCCACUCCAGCAUGUACCUCAGCUGCCUGACCACGUCGCGCUCGCUCACGGACAAGCUGGCCUUUGACGUGGGUCUCCAGGAGGACUCCACAGGGGAGGCCUGCUGGUGGACCAUUCACCCCGCCUCCAAACAGAGGUCAGAGGGAGAGAAGGUCCGGGUGGGAGACGACCUCAUCUUGGUCAGCGUGUCGUCCGAGAGAUACCUGCACCUGUCCUACGCCAGUGGAGACCUGAUGGUGGACGCCUCCUUCAUGCAGACCCUGUGGAACAUGAACCCCGUGUGCUCCGGGUGCGAGCUGGCCGAGGGGUUUCUGACAGGGGGGCACGUCCUCAGGCUCUUCCACGGUCACAUGGACGAGUGUUUGGCCAUCUCCUCGGCCGACCAGGGAGACGACCGCAGAAACGCUCAGUACGAGGGCGGGGCAGUUUGCAGCCAGGCCCGAUCUCUGUGGAGGCUGGAGCCCCUGCGAAUCAGCUGGAGCGGGGGCCAUAUGAAGUGGGGCCAGCCGUUCCGCGUGCGCCACAUCACCACGGGCCGGUACCUGUGCCUGGACGAGGAGAAGGGCCUCAUGGUGCUGGACCCGGACAGAGCCAACACCAAGAUGUCCGCCUUCUGUCUGCGGGCCUCAAAGGAGAAGACGGAGGUGGCUCACAAGCGGGACGUGGAGGGCAUGGGCACCCCGGAGAUCAAGUACGGGGAGUCCAUGUGCUUCGUGCAGCACGUCUCCACCAGCCUGUGGCUCACCUACGCGUCCGUGGACGCCAAGGCCGCCCGCCUCGGGCUCAUGAAGAGGAAGGCUAUUCUGCACCAGGAGGGGCACAUGGACGACGCCAUGUGUGUGUCCCGCUCGCAGACGGAGGAGUCGCAGGCUGCUCGUAUGAUAUACAGCACCAAUGGCCUCUUCAACCAUUUCAUCAAGGGUCUGGACUCUCUGAGAGGGAAAAACAAGCCCUCCACCCCGGUGUCCCUCCCCCUGGACGGCGUGGUCCUCUCCCUGCAGGACCUCAUCUUCUACUUCCGCCCCCCCGAGGAGGAGCUGGAGCACGAGGAGAAGCAGACCAAGCUGCGCUCCCUCCGGAACCGACAGAACCUCUUCCAGGAGGAGGGCAUGAUCACACUGGUGCUGGACUGCAUCGAUCGGCUGAACGUGUACAACACUGCUGCCCACUUCUCUGAGUUUGCCGGGGAGGAAGCCGCAGAGUCCUGGAAGGAGAUCGUCAACCGCGUUGAUCUGGUACGGCCGUCCCUGAUUAGAGGAAACCGGGCUAACUGUGCUCUGUUCUGUGACAACCUGGACUGGAUCGUCAGCAAACUGGACCGCCUGGAGGCCUCCUCAGGCAUUCUGGAGGUGCUGCACUGUGUUCUCAUCGAGAGUCCGGAGGUUCUCAACAUCAUCCAGGAGAACCACAUCAAAUCCAUCAUUUCGCUGCUGGACAAGCACGGGCGUAAUCAUAAGGUUCUGGACGUUCUUCGCUCCCUGUGUGUGUGUAACGGAGUGGCUGUGCGGUCCAAUCAGAACCUCAUCACGGAAAAUCUGCUUCCGGGUCGCGACCUGCUGCUGCAGACCAGCAUCGUCAACUACGUCAGCAGCGUGAGACCCAACAUCUUCCUGGGCACGUGCGAGGGGUCCACUCAGUACAAGAAGUGGUAUUUUGAGGUGAUAGUGGACUACGUGGAGCCCUUUGUGACCCCUCAAGCUGCUCACCUGCGCGUGGGCUGGGCCCUGACUGAGGGGUACAGCCCCUACCCGGGGGGCGGCGAGGGCUGGGGGGGCAACGGCGUCGGGGACGACCUCUACUCCUAUGGGUUUGACGGGCAGCACCUGUGGUCAGGGCAUGUACCUCGGCAGGUGGCCUCGCCCAAUCCGCACAUGCUGGCAGCGGACGACGUGGUCAGCUGCUGCCUGGAUCUGAGCGUGCCCAGUAUCUCCUUCCGCAUCAACGGCCACCCCGUGCAGGGCAUGUUCGAGAACUUCAACCUGGACGGCCUCUUCUUCCCCACCAUCAGCUUCUCCGCUGGAGUCAAGGCGCGUUUCCUCUUGGGUGGUCGUCAUGGAGACUUCAAAUUCCUCCCUCCCCCUGGGUACGCCCCCUGCUACGAGGCCCUUCUGCCCAAAGACAGGAUGCGCAUCGAGCCCAUCAAGGAGUACAAGCACGACUUUGACGGCGUCCGAAACCUGCUGGGUCCCACGCAGUCCCUCACGCACACUUCCUUCACCCCCUGCCCCGUGGACACCGUGCAGAUUGUACUGCCGCCUCAUCUGGAGCGCAUCCGAGAGAAGCUGGCGGAGAACAUCCACGAGCUGUGGGCCGUCACCCGCAUCGAGCAGGGCUGGACCUACGGGCUGUUCCGCGAUGACAACAAGAAAUUGCACCCUUGCCUGGUGGACUUCCAGAGCCUCCCGGAGCCGGAGAGGAACUACAAUCUGCAGAUGUCAGGAGAGACUCUCAAGACCCUGCUGGCUCUGGGAUGCCAUGUGGGCAUGGGAGAUGAGAAGGCAGAGGAAAACCUGAAGAAAAUCAAGCUUCCCAAAACAUACAUUAUGAGCAGCGGCUACAAACCCGCCCCUCUGGAUCUCAGCCACGUCAAACUGACGCCCAAUCAGAACACCCUGGUGGAGAAGCUGGCGGAGAACGGGCACAAUGUUUGGGCGAGGGACAGGGUGCGGCAGGGCUGGACCUAUAGCAUUGUGCAGGACAUUUUGAAUAAGCGCAACCCUCGCCUGGUGCCCUACAACCUGCUGGAUGAGAAAACCAAGAAGACCAAUCGGGACAGCGUUUGCGCCGCCGUGCGCACUCUCAUUGGCUACGGGUACAACAUCGAGCCUCCCGACCAGGAGAGCAGUGGUCAUGGGGUCGAGAACACGCGCGGAGAUAAGGUGCGCCUGUUCCGAGCCGAGAAGUCGUACGCCGUGACCCACGGGAAGUGGUACUUCGAGUUCGAGGCGGUGACAGUGGGGGAGAUGAGGGUCGGGUGGGCCCGGCCCAGCGUCCGGUCCGACAUCGACCUGGGCACGGACGAGCUGGCUUACGUUUUCAACGGCUUCAAGGCUCAGCGCUGGCACGUGGGGAACGAGCCGUUCGGUCGGCAGUGGCAGUCGGGCGACGUGGUGGGCUGCAUGAUCGACCUGACGGAGAUGAACAUCAUGUUCACCCUCAACGGGGAGAUGCUCAUCAGCGACUCGGGCUCUGAGAUGGCCUUCAAGGACAUCGAGAUCGGAGAGGGCUUCAUCCCCGUGUGCUCGCUGGGCCUGUCCCAGGUGGGCCGGAUCAACCUGGGCCAGAACGUCAGCAGCCUGCGCUACUUCGCCAUCUGCGGCCUGCAGGAGGGCUUCGAGCCCUUCGCCAUCAACAUGAAGCGCGACAUCACCAUGUGGUUCAGCAAGAGCCUGCCGCAGUUCGUCCCCGUCCCGACAGACCACCACCACAUCGAGGUGACGCGCAUAGACGGGACGGAGGAGACCGCGCCCUGCCUGAAGCUGAUCCACAAGACCUUCGGCUCGCAGAACGCCAACACGGACAUGAUGUUCCUGCGCCUGAGCAUGCCCGUGGAGUUCCACGAGACCUUCAAGGUCCCGGCGGGGACCACGCCCCUCACCCGCGCCCUCACCAUCCCCGAGGAGGAGGUGGUGGAGGUGGACCCCGACUCGGAGUUCGAGGUGCUGAAGAAGUCGGCCAGCCGCAAGGAGCAGGAGGAGAAGGAGAAGGAGCCGUCCGUGCCCAAGGACGUCCCCGUCAAAGCGGAGAAUGAGAAGGACGCGUCUACAGAGAAGGUCAAGAGGAGAGGCUUCCUGUUUAAGGCCAAGAAGGCAGCCCAGAUCUCCCCCCCUCCUGUGGUCCCCACCGUACCCCGUCUGGUGGAAGACGUGGUCCCAGACGAUCGGGACGACCCGGAGAUCAUCCUCAACACCACCACCUAUUAUUACUCAGUCCGGAUCUUCGCGGGGCAGGAGCCCAGUUCCGUGUGGGUGGGCUGGGUCACGCCCGACUAUCACCAGUUUGGCCACAGCUUCGACCUCGGCAAAGUGCGCACUGUCACGGUCACUGUGGGAGACGACAAGGGAAACAUCCACGACAGUAUGAAGCACAGUAACUGCUACAUGGUGUGGGGUGGGGACUUCAGCAACACUUCCCAGCAGGCCCGCUUCAGUCAGGAGGACAUGGUGAUUGGCUGCCUGGUUGACCUGGCAACCGGUCUCAUGACCUUCACAGCCAAUGGAAAGGAGGUCAAUGCCUUCUACCAGGUGGAGCCCAACACAAAGCUGUUCCCUGCUGUGUUUGUUGAACCUACCAGCCAGAACAUGCUGCAGCUGGAGCUGGGGAAACUCAAGAACAUCAUGCCCAUCUCGGCGGCCAUGUUCCACAGCGAGCGGAAGAACCCGGUGCCCCAGUGCCCGCCGCGGCUGGACGUGCAGAUGCUGAAGCCGGUGAUCUGGAGCCGCAUGCCCAACCACUUCCUGUCCCCGGAGGUGUCGCGCGUGAGCGAGCGCCACGGCUGGAUGGUGGAGUGCGUCGAGCCGCUGACCAUGAUGGCGCUCCACAUCCCUGAGGAGAACAGGUGCAUUGACGUUCUGGAGCUUUCCGAGCGGCUGGACCUGCUGAAGUUCCACUACCACACGCUGAUGCUGUACUGCGGCGUGUGCGCGCUGGGCAACAACCGGGUGGCGCACGCGCUCUGCAGCCACGUGGACGAGUCGCAGCUCUUCUACGCCAUCGAGAACACCUUCCUGCCCGGCCCGCUGCGCAGCGGCUACUACGACCUGCUGAUCAGCAUCCACCUGGAGUCGGCCAAGCGCGCCCGCCUGCUCACCAACAAGGAGUUCAUCGUGCCCAUGACGCCCGAGACCCUCAGCAUCACGCUCUACCCGGACGUGGACCGCGCACACGCCCUGCCCGGGGUGGGCCUCACCACCUGCCUGCGGCCCAAACCCCACUUCUCCCACGUCAACUUCGUGGGCACUGACCCCGACCUGUACACCCUCAGCCCGGUCAUUCCCCUGGAGAGCCUGAAGAUCAAGGCCAUCAGCAUGCUGACGGAGGCGGUGAUGGACGGGACGCAGGCCAUGCGGGAUCCCGUAGGGGGCAGCGUGGAGUUCCACUUCGUGCCCAUCCUCAAGCUGGUCAGCACCCUGCUGAUCAUGGGCAUCUUUGACGAUGAUGAUGUGAAGCACAUCCUCAAGAUGAUCGAGCCCAACGUCUUCAACGGGGGUGAGGCGGCGGGCGAGGAGCCAGAGGAAGAGGAGGAGGAGGAAGCCGAAACCGGCAAGGAAGAGGGGGAGGAGGUGAAGGAGGAGGAGGAGGGACAGGAGGGAGAGCUGGAGGAUGAGGGGAUGGGGGGGGAGGAGGAGGAAGCCCUGGAGGUGGAGGAGAUGGAAGGGGAGGAUGAGGAACUGAAGCAGCUGGAGGGUGAGAAGGAAGAGGGAGAAGAAGAGGAGCAAGCAAAGGAGGAGGGAGAGGGAGAAGGAGAGAAGGUGGAUGGAGAGAAGGCCGAGGAAGAGAAGGAGGUGGAGGCUGGUGAGACUGAGGCCAAGGAGGAAGAGGAGUCUCCGGAGGAAGGACUCCUGCAGAUGACUCUUCCAGAGUCUGUCAAACUGCAGAUGUGUAACCUGCUGCAGUACUUCUGUGACUGCGAGCUGAGGCACAGGGUGGAGGCCAUCAUAGCCUUCUCAGACCAGUUCGUCAACCAGUUACAGUCCAACCAGCGCGCGCGCUACAACCUGCUAAUGCAGGCCUUCACUAUGAGCGCGGCCGAGACCGCCCGCCGGACCCGCGAGUUCCGCUCGCCCCCGCAGGAGCAGGUUAUUAUGCUCACAAAUUUCAAGCACGGGCCGGAAGAGGAAGAUUGCCCCGUUCCAGAGGAAGUCCGUGAAACCUUGAACGAGUUCCACAAUUCCCUGCUGGCUCACUGUGGCGUGCACAUUGAGGAAGAGGAGGAGGAAGAGGAGGUUGACACAUCCCUGCGCGGGCGGCUCCUCAGCUUGGUGGACAAAGUCAAGACCUUCCGCAAGAAGAAGGAGGAGGAAGAGGAGCCAGAGCCUGAGGAAGAGCCCAAACCCAGCACCCUGCAGGAGCUCAUCUCCCACACCAUGAUCCACUGGGCCCAGGAGUCGUUCAUCCAGAACCCGGAGCUGGUGCGCCUCAUGUUCAGCCUGCUGCACCGGCAGUACGACGGCCUGGGCGAGCUGAUCCGGGCGCUGCCCAAGGCCUACAUCAUCAACGGCGUGUCCGUGCAGGACACCAUGGACCUGCUGGAGUGCCUGGGCCAGAUCCGCUCGCUGCUCAUCGUGCAGAUGGGCCCCGAGGAGGAGAGGCUGAUGAUCCAGAGCAUCGGGAACAUCAUGAAUAACAAGGUGUUCUACCAGCACCCCAACCUGAUGCGUGCGCUGGGCAUGCACGAGACUGUCAUGGAGGUCAUGGUCAACGUGCUGGGCGGUGGGGGAGACUCCAAGGAAAUCCGCUUCCCGCAGAUGGUGACCAACUGCUGCCGCUUCCUGUGCUAUUUCUGCCGGAUCAGCCGCCAGAACCAGCGCUCCAUGUUCGACCACCUCAGCUACCUGCUCCAGAACAGCGGCAUUGGGCUUGGCAUGCGUGGCUCCACCCCUCUGGACGUGGCGGCGGCGUCCUGCAUCGACAACAACGAGCUGGCCCUGGCCCUGCAGGAGCAAGACCUGGAGAUGGUGGUGACGUACCUGGCCGGGUGUGGUCUCCAGAGCUGUCCCAUGCUGCUGUCGAAGGGGUACCCCGACAUCGGCUGGAACCCCUGCGGGGGCGAGCGAUACCUCGACUUCCUGCGAUUCGCCGUCUUCGUCAACGGAGAGAGCGUGGAGGAGAACGCGAACGUGGUGGUGCGUCUGCUCAUCCGGAGGCCCGAGUGCUUCGGACCCGCCCUCAGAGGGGAGGGGGGUAACGGCCUGCUGGCCGCCAUCGAGGAGGCCAUCAAAAUCUCGGAGGACCCCGCCCGGGACGGGCCCACGGUCAAGAAGGACCGGCGCUUCCCCAUGUUCGGUGGGGAAGAGCAACAGGAGGAGAACAGGGUGCAUCUUGGGAACGCCAUCAUGUCCUUCUACUCUGCCCUCAUCGACCUGCUGGGCCGAUGUGCCCCAGAGAUGCAUUUGAUCCAGGCCGGUAAGGGGGAGGCUCUGCGGAUCAGGGCUAUUCUGCGCUCCCUGGUGCCCAUCGAGGACCUGGUGGGGGUCAUCAGCCUGCCCGUCCACAUCCCCGCCAUUGGGAAAGACGGGAACAUCAUCGAGCCCAAGAUGUCGGCCAGCUUUGUGCCGGACCACAAGGCCUCCAUGGUGCUGUUCCUGGACAGGGUUUACGGCAUCGAGAACCAGGACUUCCUGCUCCACGUGCUGGAGGUGGGCUUCCUGCCGGACAUGAGAGCGACCGCCUCGCUCGACACGGCGGCGUUCAGCACCACGGAGAUGGCACUAGCGCUGAACCGCUACCUGUGCUCGGCCGUGCUGCCGCUGCUCACCAAGUGCGCGCCUCUGUUCGCCGGCACCGAGCACCGCGCCAUCAUGAUCGACUCCAUGCUGCACACCAUCUACGCACUGUCCCAUGUCGGCCUCACCAAUGGCCAGAGGGCAUCAUCGAGGAUGCCUCAUGUCCUGUGCAAGUACCUCCGCCCCUCCAUGCUGCAGCACCUGCUGAGGCGGCUGGUGUUCGAUGUGCCCAUUCUCAAUGAAUACGCCAAGAUGCCCCUCAAGCUGUUGACCAAUCACUACGAGCGUUGCUGGAAGUACUACUGCUUGCCCAAUGGCUGGGCCAAUUUCGGCGUGACAUCAGAAGAGGAGCUGCACCUCUCCCGAAAACUCUUCUGGGGCAUCUUUGAGUCACUCGCACACAAGAGGUUUGAUGCAGAGCUGUUUAAGAUAGCCAUGCCCUGUAUCUGCGCCAUUGCUGGGGCUAUUCCGCCAGAUUAUGUGGAUGCCAGUUUCACCAGCACUGAGAAAAAGGCUUCAGUUGACGCUGAGGGCAACUUCGACCCCAAACCUGUGGAGACCACCAACACCAUCAUCCCUGAGAAACUGGAUGCCUUCAUCAACAAAUAUGCAGAACACACACAUGACAAGUGGGCUUUUGAGAAGAUUCAGAGCAACUGGACUUAUGGAGAGCUGCUGGACGAGAACGAGAAGACUCACCCCAUGCUGAGGCCCUACAAGACCUUCUCUGAGAAGGACAAGGAGAUUUACCGCUGGCCCAUCAAGGAGUCGAUCAAAGCCAUGAUUGCCUGGGAGUGGACUUUGGAGAAAGCCAGAGACGGAGAGGAGGAGAGGGCUGAGAAGGCGACCCGCAAGAUAUCGCAGACGGCCCAGGCCACCUAUGACCCCAGUCAUGGCUACAGCCCCCAGCCUAUCGACGUCUCUGGCAUGGCGCUGUCCCGGGAACUGCAGUCCAUGGCAGAGCAGUUAGCAGAGAACUACCACAACACCUGGGGCAGGAAGAAGAAGCUGGAGCUCCAGUCCAAAGGGGGCGGAACCCACCCCCUGAUUGUGCCCUACGACACUCUGACCGCCAAGGAGAAGGCCCGGGAUCGAGAGAAAGCGCAGGACCUGCUCAAGUUCCUGCAGCUGAACGGAUACGCUGUCACCAGGGGGCUGAAGGACAUGGAGCAGGAUAUCUCCUCCAUCGAGAAGCGCUUUGCCUACGGCUUCCUGCAGAAGCUGCUCAAGUGGAUGGACAUCGCCCAGGAGUUCAUCGCUCACCUGGAGGCCGUGGUGAGCAGUGGCAGAGUGGAGAAGUCCCCGCAUGAACAGGAGAUAAAAUUCUUCGCUAAGAUCCUGCUUCCACUGGUGAACCAGUACUUUAAAAACCACUGCCUGUACUUCCUGUCCACCCCGGCCAAAGUGCUGGGGAGCGGAGGGCACUCCUCCAACAAGGAGAAGGAAAUGAUUGCCAGUAUCUUCUGUAAGUUGGCAGCUCUGGUGAGACACAGAGUUUCUCUCUUUGGAACGGAUGCCUCUGCAGUGGUCAACUGUCUGCACAUCCUGUCACGAUCACUGGAUGCAAGGACGGUGAUGAAGUCGGGGCCUGAGAUUGUAAAAGCAGGGCUGAGGUCCUUCUUUGAGAGCGCUGCGGACGACAUUGAGAAGAUGGUGGAGAACCUCAAACUCGGGAAGGUGUCGAGCCGGAACCAGGUGAAGGGUGUGGCCCAGAACAUAAACUACACCACCAUCGCCCUGCUUCCUGUGCUCACUUCCCUGUUCGACCACAUCGCCCAGCACCAGUUUGGAGAUGAUGUCAUCUUGGACGAUCUGCAGAUUUCCUGCUACCGUAUCAUGUGUAGCAUCUACUCUCUGGGCACUGUCAAGAACCCACAUGUGGAGAAACAUAGGCCAGCCCUGGGUGAGUGUCUGGCCCAUCUCGCUGCUGCCAUGCCUGUGGCCUACAUGGAGCCCCAUCUCAACGAGUUCAACACUUACUCCGUCUACACCACCAAGACCCCGCGGGAAAGAGCAAUCCUCGGCCUCCCCAACAACGUUCAGGAGCUGUGCCCGGACAUCCCCGAGCUGGACGUCCUGAUGAAGGAGAUCGGGGACCUGGCGGAGUCGGGCGCCCGCUACACGGAGAUGCCCCACGUGAUCGAGAUCACCCUGCCCAUGCUGUGCAACUACCUGCCCCGCUGGUGGGAGAGGGGGGUGGAGAACUACCCCGAGCAGGAGGACCAGCUCUGCACCGAGGUCACCUCCGAGCAGCUCAACCAGCUGCUGGGCAGCAUCAUGAAGAUCGUGGUCAACAACCUGGGCAUCGACGAGGCCUCCUGGAUGAAGAGGCUGGCUGUGUUUGCCCAGCCCAUCGUCAGCCGGGCCAAGCCCGAGAUGCUGAAGUCGCACUUCAUCCCCACCAUGGAGAAGCUGAAGAAGCGCAGCGGGAAGGUGGUGGCCGAGGAGGAGCACCUGCGCAUGGAGGGGAAGACUGAGGCCGACAGCGAGGAGGGAACCAUCCGCGACGAGUUCGCCGUGCUCUGCCGCGACCUCUACGCCCUCUACCCCCUGCUCAUCCGCUACGUGGACAACAACAGGGCAAGAUGGCUGACUUGUCCAGAUCCUGAUGCGGAGGAACUUUUCAGGAUGGUGGGAGAGGUGUUCAUUUUCUGGUCCAAGUCUCACAACUUCAAGCGGGAGGAGCAGAACUUCGUGGUGAUGAACGAGAUCAACAACAUGUCGUUCCUCACAGCCGACAGCAAGAGCAAGAUGAGCAAGGUGGGGCAGACAGAUUCUGGCGGCUCGGACGUGGAGCGUUCCAAGAAGAAGAAGCGCGGGGACCGCUACUCGGUGCAGACCUCUCUCAUCGUGGCGGCCCUGAAAAAGAUGCUCCCCAUCGGCCUCAACAUGUGCUCCCCUGCCGACCAGGAGCUCAUUAACAUGGCCAAGAUCAGAUACUCCCUGAAAGACACGGAUGAGGAAGUGAGAGAGUUUCUGCAGAACAACUUGCAUCUCCAGGGCAAGGUGGAAGACCCCUCCAUGCGCUGGCAGAUGGCUCUGUACAAGGAGACCUCUGGGAAGGCGGAGGACGCGGAGAACCCGGAGAAGGUGGUGAAGAGAGUCCAGGAGGUCUCUGCUGUGCUGUAUCACAUCGAGGUGACGGAGCACCCCUUCAAGUCUAAGAAGAUGGUGUGGCACAAGCUCUUGUCGAAACAGCGCCGCAGGGCAGUUGUGGCCUGUUUCAGAAUGACACCCUUGUACAACAUUCCCAGACACAGAGCAUCCAACAUGUUCCUGGAUGGCUAUAAACGCAAUUGGAUAGUGACGGAGGGAUACUCAUUUGAAGACAGGAUGAUUGACGACUUGUCUAAAACCAUGGAGGAAGAGGAAGAGGAGGAAGAAGAGACUGAAUCAAAGCCAGAUCCCCUUCACCAGCUGAUCCUUCACUUCAGUCGCACUGCUCUUACAGAAAAGACUAAACUUGACGAAGAUUAUUUAUACAUGGCAUAUGCCGAUAUCAUGGCAAAGAGCUGCCACAUUGGUGAGGAAGACGAAGGGGGAGAGGAGGGGGGCGAGGAUGAGAUGCCCUUUGAGGAGAAAGAGAUGGAGAAGCAGAGGCUCCUGUACCAGCAGUCCAGGCUUCACGCCCGUGGAGCUGCAGAGAUGGUGCUGCAGAUGAUCAGUGCCUGCAAAGGUGAGCCUGGUGCCAUGGUGUCCUCCACCCUCAAGCUGGGCAUCUCCAUCCUGAACGGCGGGAACUGCGACGUGCAGCAGAGAAUGCUGGACUAUCUGAAGGACAAGAAGGACGUGGGAUUCUUCCUGAGCGCACAGGCCCUGAUGCAGACCUGCAGUGUGCUGGACUUGAAUGCCUUUGAGAGGCAGAAUAAGGCCGAGGGGCUGGGAAUGGUGUCAGAGGAGGGAACCAAUGAGAAGGUCAUGGCCGACGAUGAGUUCACCUGUGACCUCUUCCGCUUCCUGCAGUUGCUCUGUGAGGGUCACAACAACGAUUUCCAGAACUAUCUACGCACUCAGACGGGCAGCACCACCACCAUCAACAUAAUCAUCUGUACUGUGGACUACCUGCUGCGGCUACAGGAGUCCAUCAGUGACUUCUACUGGUAUUAUUCUGGGAAGGACAUCAUCGAUGAGCCGGGCAAGAGGAACUUCUCUAAAGCUAUGACGGUGGCCAAGCAGAUCUUCAACAGCCUGACAGAGUACAUCCAGGGUCCGUGUACAGGUAACCAGCAGUCCCUGGCCCACAGCAGGCUGUGGGACGCGGUCGUGGGCUUCCUCCACGUCUUCGCUCACAUGAUGAUGAAGCUGGCGCAGAUGCAUCCUCGAGAAGGACCUCGAAAUGGAGAUCAUUUCUGGAGUAGAACAAACUCGGAGGAUUCCAGUCAGAUUGGCCUACUGAAGGAGCUUCUGGACCUUCAGAAGGACAUGGUGGUCAUGUUGCUGUCUCUGCUAGAGGGUAAUGUUGUGAAUGGCACCAUUGCCCGUCAGAUGGUGGACAUGCUGGUGGAGUCGUCCAGCAACGUGGAGAUGAUACUUAAGUUCUUCGACAUGUUCCUCAAACUGAAGGACAUUGUGGCCUCUGACGCCUUCAUGGACUACGUGACCGACCCGCGCGGGCUCAUCUCCAAGAAGGACUUCCAGAAGGCCAUGGACAGCCAGAAGCAGUACUCUACGUCCGAGAUACAGUUCCUUCUCUCCUGCUCCGAGGCAGAUGAGAACGAGAUGAUCAACUUUGAAGAGUUCGCCGACCGCUUCCAGGAGCCGGCCAAGGACAUCGGCUUCAACAUCGCCGUGCUGCUCACCAACCUGUCGGAGCACGUGCCCCACGACACGCGGCUGCAGAACUUCCUGGAGCAGGCCGAGAGCGUGCUGAACUACUUCCGCCCGUUCCUGGGCCGCAUCGAGAUCAUGGGCGCCAGCAGGAGGAUCGAGCGCAUCUACUUCGAGAUCAGCGAAGCCAACCGCACGCAGUGGGAGAUGCCUCAGGUGCGCGAGUCCAAGCGGCAGUUCAUCUUCGACGUGGUGAACGAGGGCGGCGAGUCGGAGAAGAUGGAGCUCUUCGUCAACUUCUGCGAGGACACCAUCUUUGAGAUGAACAUCGCCUCGCAGAUCUCUGAGGUGGAGGAGGAGGAGAAGGAGGACGAGGAUGAGGAGGAAGGAGGAGGAGGGGAGGGAAACGGAGGGGCAGAGGGAGGGGAAGGCGACGAGGCCAACGGAGAGGACGGCCCGCCCGAGUCCAGCUCUGCCUUUGCCGACUUCCUGAACAGCGUGGUGGAGUUCAUGCACAUGUUCACUUUCCGCAACCUGCGGCGCCAGUACCGGCGCGUGAGGAAGAUGACCAUCCGGGAGAUGGUGGUGGGCCUGGUCACCUUCUUCUGGACCAUCCUGAUGGGCAUGCUGCACUUCAUCUACAGCGUGUGCAAGGGCUUCUUCCUCCUCAUCUGGAGCACGCUGUUCGGUGGCGGCCUGGUGGAGGGCGCCAAGAAGAUGACCGUGACCGAGAUCCUGGCCAGCAUGCCCGACCCAACGCAGGACGAGGUGCACGGGGACCUGCCCCCCGAACCAGGGGCCAGGGUGGAGCAGGAGGCCGGUGGAGCAGCAGACGCCAUGGAUGUGGGCGCAGGUGAGGAAGAGGAGGAGGACAGCAAGGAGAAGGAAGGAGGCCGGCUGCCAGGCUUUGACACCCCUGGGGGGCUCGGAGACAUCGGCGAGCCCACCACGGUCGAACCCCCCACCCCUGAGGGCACCCCAUUAGCCAAGAGAAAGCUGCUGACUGGCUCAGAGGAAGAGGAAGCUGAACCAGAGGCACCUGCAGAGGAACCAGCGCCAGAACCAGAGAAAGCUGACACUGAGAAUGGAGAGAAGGCUGAAAAGGAGCCAGAGGAAAAAGAGGAGCCGAAAGAGGUGGAGGUGGAGGAGGAGAAAGAGAAGGUGAAGACAAAGACCCAGAAAGAAAAGAAGACUGCAGGAGAGGACGCCUUUGAGCUCUGGAACGAGCUGGAGGUCCAGAGGAUCAAGUUCAUGAACUACCUCUCCCGUAACUUCUACAACCUACGCUUCCUGGCUCUCUUCAUCGCCUUCGCUCUCAACUUCAUCCUGCUCUUCUACAAGGUGUCAGACACUCCCAGAGGUGAGGAGGAGCUUGAGGGCUCAGCGAUGUUCGAAGGCUCCGGGAUGUUCGAGGGUUCCGGGGGCGAGGCGGAAGGUUCUGGAGUGGAGGAUGGAGGAGAUGAGGAGGAUGAGGAAAGCCUGGUGUACUUCUUCCUGGAGGAGAGUACUGGAUACAUGCAGCCAGCGCUGUUCUGCCUCGCCAUUCUGCACUCCGUCAUCUCCUUCCUCUGCAUCAUCGGAUACAACUGCCUCAAGGUUCCCCUGGUUAUCUUUAAGAGAGAGAAGGAGCUGGCUCGCAAGCUGGAGUUUGACGGUGUGUACGUCACCGAGCAGCCUGAGGAUGACGACAUCAAGGGCCAGUGGGACAGACUGGUGCUCAACACACCCUCUUUCCCGACCAACUACUGGGACAAGUUUGUGAAGAGAAAGGUGCUGGAGAAGUACGGUGAUAUCUACGGCAGAGAGAGGAUCGCUGAGCUCUUGGGAAUGGACCUGGCCUCUCUGGACGUCAGUGCUCAGCAACAGGAGAAGAAACCAGAGGCCGACAGUUCCGCAUUCACCUGGAUCACCUCCAUUGACGUCAAGUACCAGAUCUGGAAGUUUGGGGUGGUUUUCACGGACAAUACCUUCCUCUACCUGUGUUGGUACCUGGUGAUGUCACUGCUCGGCCACUACAACAACUUUUUCUUCGCCAGUCACCUGCUGGACAUCGCCAUGGGAGUGAAGACCCUGCGCACCAUCCUGUCCUCGGUCACCCACAAUGGCAAACAGCUGAUGAUGACGGUGGGACUACUGGCUGUGGUGGUGUAUCUCUACACUGUAGUGGCCUUCAACUUCUUCCGCAAGUUCUACAACAUGAGCGAGGACGAGGACGAGCCGGACAUGAAGUGUGAUGACAUGAUGACGUGCUAUCUAUUCCACAUGUAUGUGGGUGUGCGAGCUGGUGGGGGUAUUGGAGAUGAGAUUGAAGACCCUGCAGGAGAUGAAUACGAGCUGUACCGCGUGGUCUUUGACAUCACUUUCUUCUUCUUCGUCAUCGUCAUCCUGCUGGCCAUCAUUCAGGGUCUGAUUAUUGAUGCCUUUGGAGAGCUGAGAGACCAACAGGAGCAAGUCAGAGAGGAUAUGGAGACUAAGUGCUUCAUCUGCGGGAUCGGGAGCGACUACUUUGACACGACGCCGCAUGGCUUUGAGACACACACCCUGGAGGAGCACAACUUGGCCAACUACAUGUUCUUCCUGAUGUACUUGAUCAAUAAGGAUGAAACUGAGCACACAGGACAGGAAUCCUACGUCUGGAAGAUGUACCAGGAACGCUGCUGGGAUUUCUUCCCGGCUGGAGACUGUUUCAGGAAGCAAUACGAGGAUCAGCUGGGUUGAGACUGCGUGUCAGAGUGAGAGUGAGAGAGUGUGUGUGUGUGUGUGUGUACGUUGCAUACGUGUGGUGCCAGAGAGUGAGAGACUGAGAAUAAGAGGCGAGGUUGAGGUAUAGACAUCAUUUCUGGGGUAAAAGGUCACCUAUUUUCAGCUGUUUCUCUCCUGUCUGUAAUCACCCAGUGCAGCACACAGUAUGUAUACUCACACACACACACGCUCACAUGCGCACACACACAAACACACAGUGCCCCCAGCUACUCAAAGUGACCCUGAUAUAAAAUAUAUGAAAAAGUGAAUGUGGUAAUGUGAGGGAUGUAUAGACAGAGAGAGAUUGUUAUUCUGUAAAUACACUCUAUGACCUUCCUUUUGCAUUGAGGAAACAAGAAACGGAACACUUGUGAGACUGCCUGAGCUCAGAAGACACACACACACACGCACACACACAUGCAUAUAACGCACACACGCACACGCACACACACACACACACACACACACACACACAUGCAUAUAACACAUUGCACUGCCUGACAACUGACGUAACAGCAACCAGAGUAACCUAAAACUUCAAAAAGUGCUUCUUGAUGAUGGUGAUUAUCAUUAUAGUAAUAAUAUAACUCAUUACUAAUUACAUUUAUGAUAUGUAUUAGUGCUAUUACAGUGUUGUUGUAAUGUUAUUAAUAACCCAAUUAUCUGUGAGGUAAUUAUUUAAUUUAAUGGUUUGCUGCAGUAAGCAGUUGUCUCCAGUGCUGUGGUGUGGUCUGUUGCUAGAGGGUUCUGAUACCCCAUUUCAGUUAUGCCAGACUCUUGCGCACCAAAAGAAUGUAACACAGCAGGAAAUGAAAGACAAGCUGACUGGCUGCCACUGGUGCAAUGCCCAGCAGUCCUACAUACAUGCUCUAGAGUGAAGCUGCACUGCCCAGAAUUGUAGCUCUGGCUGGGAUUGGUCACUCAGACUCUUAAGUCGCCACAGAAAUGCACAUCUGUGUCCGUGUAUUUUAAUAAGUGUCUGGUUGUCAGAUUGAAGAUGAACAGCAAUAGAGAUGGGAGACCGGCUCACACUCUGAAGUCUUACAGUAUCUCUGCUUAUGCGCCAUCUUUGGAAGUGGAAGAAAACGAUGCAGAAGGAUCAAAACCACGUAAAGCAGAAUUCUGAAUAUCAGGUUUUCCCCUCCUUAAAGGGGCAGUGCGAUUCUAUGUAUGUUUUCUUCUCAGACUUCUAUUCUGCUGUUAUUUAUUUGUUACCAUCUACAAAGUAUUUAUUUUUAAAUGUGUCAUUAACAAUUAAUGAAUGUAUAUGUAUGUGACCCACCAUCACCUCUAAGCCCGAACAGGAACCAGGCCGGGAAGUAGCGUGAUAAGAUGGUGAGUCCAAACACUGAGAAACCAUCCUUUUUACUUUUGAAUUCUGAAGAAAUAUAAAGCUCUAAGCUGCUCGUUUUUAGUCCAUAUUUUACUCUCCAUUUUUUGAAAGAGGGAUGGGCUUAAUAGGAAAUAGACAAUUUUAAAAAGUUCACGUCCGGUUUGCAGUCAAGGGCAAGACAUGGCUUUUGUGUUUUCCGUAGUUUAGAUUUUUAAUUAUUGUUUUUAGGGAAUCUUCCAACGUAUCAAGCUAGUUAAAGCCAUUGGUGAACUCAAAGUGUGUCCCCACUCCCACUUGAAAGCAGAACACACACACACAUGCACACACACACACACACACACACACACACACAUACAAACACACUGGCUUUUAUGCCACCUACACGCACAUGCACACUCUCCAUCUUGUGAUUGGUUGUAUUCAUUGACACUGAAUGUAUAAGUAUGUGAUUGGCUGAUGUGUGUAAGGGACUCUUAGUGUGUAUAAAAUAAUGGAGACUUAGGGGGGAUGGUCUUGCUUGCCAUCUUGACUGAAGCCUGUGUUUCAAUACCGAUUAAAUAGAUUUCAAUAUUUUAAAA